CCGGAGACUCGCUAGGUUUGCCGAAUCAACCUCUCUCCGGGACCUUCUAAAGAGAGACGAAUCAAAUUCAAAACCUCUUUUCUCGAUUACUUUUAAUAAUGCAAAGAAAAACGAUGGUGACGACGUCGUCUCGUACCAAAUCAAACGGCCCUGUGCUCCGUUCCCAAUCGCCGUCGGGCCGUUUCUGCGGCGCUUACUCCAAUCCCACCCCGUCGUCGUCUUCCUCAGCGUUCGCUUCCUCUACGAGCUCAAGCUUCUCAUCUCCUUCCUCAGCUUUCUUCAGCAACCGUAACGAUAAUCAUCAUCACAGCCACCACCGCUCCGCGUCUCCGACUCGCGUCAAUCUAUACAACAAACCGCAACCGAUUGCGUUUUCGCUAGACACCAGAUCUAUCUCCCCGACGACGACGAACAGAUCCAUCUCCGUCACGAAGAAACCGCAGCCUAGCAAGAUCUCUUCCCCGAGGAGGUGUAUGUGCUCUCCGACGACGCAUCCCGGAUCCUUCCGAUGCAGUUUGCAUAAAAACGUGGCGAAUCCGCACGGUCAGGGAACGGCGUCGUAUCCGACGAACAGUUUGAACAUGCGGAGAUCCGCGAUGACGAAUUCGCUGGUGAGGAUCGGGGGCGUUGAGGGAGAGUGGGUGAGAAGAGCGUUGACGACUCUGAUAAGGCCUUCGUCGCAUCAUUUGAGAAGGAGAGCUGCGUAUCAGCCUCGUCCCAGUAGGCUAUCGACGAUGUCGAAAGCCGCCGCCACCGAGUGUAAUUGAUAUGAUAUUUUAGGUUUCUGGUUUGUUCUUCUCUUUAAUAAACUUACUAGGGCUGCAGAUCUGGAAAGGAAGGCUUUGAAUCGGCGAGAUCUGUGGUGAUUGUGGGAGAGAACCUCAACCUCGAAGUCGAGUUUUGUAAAACGAAGAUCGAAAGAACACACAGCAUCAUAUAUUUUUUUUCUGUUGUUGGGUGUAGAAAGAUGCGAAAUGCAUUUGUACAUACUUAAUUUUACUGUUCUUGCGUC